CUCAUCUCUCUCUCUCUCUCUCUCUCUCUCUCUCCCAUAUUCUUCAACGGCGCGACCACUUUUUACGAUCUCGUUCCAGGUACUUUGUCUGCUGACAAUUAAGGACCUCUCAUAUUCUUGUCAAUCCCUCGGUCGCUCGCUCGCUGGCUCGUUUGUCCUUGUGAGGCUUCAUAGAUCCAGGCAAUCCUAGCUCUUGUUUGUGUCGUUUCCGAGCGAUUGAUUCGAAUAAACCAGGAGAAUUUAGGAGAUGAAGUUCGGCGUGACGUUUAUGGAGUAUUUGCAUGGGGAGCAGGAGCGGUUCCUGGGCAAGUGCUCUCAUGUCGAGUACAAACAGCUGAAGAAGGUCCUCAAGAGGUGCCGCACCUGCAGAUCGUUGCGCCGGCCUUGCGGCGCGGGGCAAGGGGAGGAGGGGGACGCCGACGGGCCGCCGGGGCUCUGCCAAUGCGAGGCUUGUCCGGUAUGUGAUCAGAUGAUUUUCUCUGAGUUGAUGAAGGAAGCUUCAGAAAUAGCAGGAUGCUUUAACUCAAGAGUUAGACAUCUUCUUCAUCUCCUCGUUGCAACUGGGAUUCACAGGUACAUACAGUGUUUUCGUCCAUGUUUCAAGGGCGAUCAACAAGUCCUGUUAGAAGAAGGAAGAAUGUUGAUUGAAUAUGUCACUAUGAAUGCAAUUGCUAUCAGAAAAAUCCUCAAGAAGUAUGACAAGGUUCAUGGCUCUGUCAAUGGGGAGCAUUUCAGAUCUAAGAUGCGGGCCGAGCAUAUAGAGCUCUUGCAAUCCCCAUGGCUACUAGAACUGGGAGCUUUCUAUUUGAAUUUCGGAGGAUCAGAUGCUGAAGAAUGUGCUGAGUGUUCUAUUCAGUUUUCAUUUCAUUUUGAUGAGACAAAGUCUGCUCUGAUAAUGUCACUUCCAGGUUCUAUAAAGCUAGAAUAUGAUCUGACUUGCGCUAUUUGCCUGGACACUGUGUUUAACCCAUAUGCACUUAGUUGUGGUCAUCUUUUUUGCAAGUCAUGUGCUUGCUCUGCGGCAUCUGUGAUGAUCUCUGAAGGACUUAAGGCGGCAAGUGAGGAUGCCAAAUGUCCAGUUUGUAGAGAGGCUGGAGUUUAUGGUAAUUCUGUGCAUAUGUCAGUGCUAAAUCUGCUCUUGAAGAAGAGGUGCAAGGAAUACUGGGAGGAGAGGUUGGGCGCCGAACGCGAUGAGAUGUUGAAACAGUCUAAAGAGUACUGGGAUAGGCAAACGAAGUACAUGAUCGGAUACUAAUGACCACGCCAUUUGUUGUCCGGAAAGACAGUGCACGAGGAACGGGGCAUUAAGCUUUGCGGCCGGGAGAUUGUGUCGAGAAGCCUGUGCAUUUGAAAUUCCUGACUUGAUUGAACAGGGUGCAAGUUUUUAUCAGUUGGUAGUGUUUAUGAGGUAGUUCAGUAUCGACAACACGUAAAUGUUGGGAUUCGAGUUUUGACAUGUUGCUGAGUCUCUUUUGUGAUUAUACAGUUCUGUGAAAGAUUGGUAAAUGUCGGAUUCGGGGUUUGACUUGUGGGUGGAU